AUGGAAUUAAUCCGUUUAAAAUUCAACUACGCAUACGUUUCCAACUUGAUUGAACAAGAAGUUAUCGAAGAUAUCAACAUAGUGAUUCCAAUCAUGGGUGGUUUAAUGCUGCUUCAUAUAGCAGCUUUUAAUAACGAUCAAAAAUUGGUGGACUAUCUGCUCCACAAGGAAGCUGAUGUCAAUUCCAAAAGUCAGUACUGGGGUACAGCUCUUCAUGUCGCUGUUAUAAUGGAGAACCUGAGUAUAAUUGAAAGUCUAAUAAAAUGUGGAGCAGACGUUAAUACUCAACUAAUUGCGGACUCUGGUUUGAUCCAUUUCCGGUAUGCAGCUGAGGAAAAUCAUGAAGAAAUUCCUGAGUUUUUAUUAAAAAACGAUGCCAAUGUGAGUGCGACGUUGAAUACUUAUGAUUUUUGUUUUGGUAAAUUACCAUUACAAAUCGUUGUUGAUCGAAGUAAUGAAGAAAUGGUAGAGCUACUUUUAAAAAAUAAUGCUGAUCCAAAUCUUGAUGCUCGUAUUUUUGAAACACCACUAAUCUGUGCUGCUAAAUUGUGCGGCGAAGUUUUAUAUUGA